GCGUGUGUGUGUUUCAUACGAACUGGUUUAAAUAGCGCAGUGUAAUACUUAAGUCAGAUGGCUUGUGGGACAGUGUCGAGAAAACAUGUACCUGAGGAUAUGACGGUGGGGUUCAUCGGGGCAGGCAGGAUGGCCCAGGCCAUGGCUAAGGGCUUCAUUUCUACAGGGAUCUUGAAAGCAUCAAACAUUGUUGCCAGUGACCCGGACCCUCGAUGUCUACAGUCCAUUCAGAGUAUGGGCGUCAACAUCACGGACGACAAUCUUAAGGUUGUUGCAGACAGUCAGCUAGUGGUUUUGGCGGUAAAACCUCAUGUGAUCACUCCCGUCCUAAAACAGGUUUCAUCCUCAUUCUCUCGCGAUAAACUCAUGGUCUCCAUCGCUGCUGGGAUUACAUUAUCAACAUUAGAAGAGAAUCUACUCCCAUCAACACGCGUGGUGCGUGUGAUGCCCAACACUCCCGCUCUAGUUCAGGCGGGAGCGUCUGUCCUCGCCCCAGGGUCGGGUGCCUUGUCAGGUGAUCCAGCGCUAGUAUCCGAGCUGCUUAGCUGUAUUGGAAUCUGUGAAUCGAGUACUGAGGGACUUCUAGACGCUGUCACGGGACUGAGCGGAAGUGGACCUGCCUAUGCAUUCGUUGCUAUAGAAGCGUUGGCUGAUGGCGGCGUUAAGAUGGGACUCCCUCGGGAUCUGGCAGUCAAGCUAGCUGCCCAAACACUUCUGGGAGCUGCAAAAAUGGUCCUAGAAACGGGCAAAAAUCCUGGUCAGUUAAAGGACGAAGUUUGCUCACCAGGCGGCACCACCAUUGCUGCUGUGCAUAAACUGGAGAAAGGCGGGUUCCGAGGUGCCCUUAUUGACGCCGUAGAAGCUGCUACACUAAAGGCUACCGAACUAGGGGCUAAAAAAUGAAAUCAAUAUAUAAUACAGAUGUGUAACCAGAAAGGGUGAUCGACGCUGGGAAUGAGAAUAACACGAAAUUUAAACAACCGUUGUUAAGACGACGCGACACACACCAUGCCCAUAUAUGGCUGGCAGUGAGAAUUUGGCCAUCACCAGAUCACGUGAAAGGUCUCGAUCCAGUGAACGAUGACUAGGUGUAAAGAAGUGAACCCAUUGGUCAUCCAUGGUCACGUGUCAAAGUUGACAUUUCUGUUUUUAUAUAUAAGAAAACCUGGAAGGACUAUUUGAUAUUAUUAUGUUGUAUAAGAAAUAAUACAAACAAGAUGCCGCAAAGCGUGGCAUUAUCCCCCGCGCACAGGUGUUGGUACGGAACCCAAAUAUGCUAUAUAUAGCACUGUAAUAAUUUGAGACUUCACACACUUAUGUAUCAGUACUUUACACGUGAAGGUCUAUUACAGUGAAAGCACUAGUAGAAAAUAAUAAACUCACAUCUCCUCAACUUCAACAUUAUAGAUAUAUAUAUAGAGAUAUAAUUGAAAAUAUAGAAUCAACACAACAAAUGUGUUUCAGUAAUGUUUUCAGGCAUAACAGCUAUCUUCAGGCGAUACAGUUAUUAUAAUGCCUUGGUAACCACAGCAUGAUGCAAUAAACAGCAUAUGGCAGAAGGGGAGAUAAUAAGUCCAUUGCAGUAUAUCAACAUUAAUUUGUAAGACACAUCGUACCAGUCAAAUAUGUAACAUUUUAAGAAUUAAGUGGUUUUUAUCUGAUAUGUCAACUUUAUAGCAACAGUUUAUAUCUUAGUGUAGAUCUUUUGUGUUUGACUGUUGAUAAAUGAAUAAAGGUUAGUA